CAGGUGCGAGGGCAGAGCUCAGGAGGAUCCGCGGACCGGGCUGGUUUCCUCUCACCGGAUUUACCACAGACAUGUUGCCGAUGAAUGACACGGAGCUCCGGCUCCCGCUGGCCGAGUACAGCUUCGAGCGGCGGUUUGACGAGAGAGGGGCGAUACGGUGGAUGCAGGCAAACUGGAGUUCGUCCUUCGCGUUCAGCGCGCUGUACGCCGCCCUGGUGUUCGGAGGUCAGCACUACAUGAAGCCUCGGCCCAAGAUGAACCUGCGGCGGCCGCUCGUCCUCUGGUCGCUGGGCCUCGCUCUCUUCAGCAUCGUCGGCGCAGUCCGUACCGGCUCCUACAUGCUCCACAUCCUGAGCAGCGGUGGCUUCAGACGUUCCAUCUGUGAUCAGAGCUUCUACAGCGGACCCGUCAGCAGGUUCUGGGCCUACGCCUUCGUCCUCAGCAAAGCUCCAGAGCUCGGCGACACCGCGUUCAUCGUGCUCCGGAAACAGAGGCUGCUCUUCCUGCACUGGUACCACCACAUCACCGUGCUGCUCUACUCCUGGUACUCCUACAAAGACAUGGUGGCCGGCGGCGGCUGGUUCAUGACCAUGAACUACGGCGUGCACGCGCUCAUGUACAGCUACUACGCGGCGCGCGCCGCCGGCCUGCGCGUGCCGCGGCCCUUCGCCGUGCUCAUCACCAGCGCGCAGAUCGCUCAGAUGGCCAUGGGGCUGACGGUGAGCGGGCUGGUGUACCGCUGGAUGCAGCAGGGGGACUGCCCGUCCCGCGUCGACAACGUCACCUGGGCCGCGCUCAUGUACCUCAGCUACCUGCUGCUCUUCUCCAACUUCUUCUACCAGACCUACCUGCGCCGCCGCGGCGCCGGGGACAAGGCCGCCAAGGCCGAGUAGAUCGACCGGGCAGACUGCGGCGUCAGAGGUGGUCGCGUCUGACAGUGAAGCUUCUCGCAAACGCACACCUUCUUCACGAUGGAGGAAGGAAAAGCCUCUGAAUGUCCCCAGAGCGUCACGGGGCGGUGAAAGUGAGACGGGUCUAGUGCUCAGACCUCAAGUCCCGUAGUUUUCCACAAUUUUCUAGACAGGAGCUGAUGCAAGGCUGUAAAUUCUAGGUCUGCGGGUAACCUUCAUUUUCAUGAUCAGUGGUUUGACUGAUCAAAUGUGCAGCUUAACUUCCCACAGUCCACGGUGACGUCUUCACGUUUUACUCCAACCGUCCAGAAGAUUCUCACGUCAAACAAUUAUCAGAAUUCUUGAUUCAUUUUCUGUUUAUUGACCAUUGAUCCACAACGACUGCACUGAGUUAAAUACAGAUUAGAGCCUAAAUACUAGUUGUUGGUUUUUGUUUUUUUUCUUUUGGCUUUGGAGAUUUAUUGGUUCUUUACCGUCCCAACGGGGAAAAGUUUACCCUCAAAUGUCAACAGAGGACUUGAGCAGAAAGUAACGGCUGGAGACCAGGAUGAGGUUCUAGUGACAAGUGAAGUGGCCGAAAGCUCAGGUAUGGAGUCUCUGGACAUUUUAAAGCAGGUUAGAGUUCAGUCUCUGUCUCCUCACGUCCACGUGGGCUGGAGGUUUUGUCUCCGGAGAGAAAACACACAAACACACACGGAUCACAUUCCAGCAGGCUCAUGAAACCAGCCACUCCCAGCCUCCUCAUACUGGUUUCACUUCCUCACCACACCCCCAUACAUGUCAGUGUGGAGCAGGGCAGGAGGCUUUAAUCUCCCCGACGCAGGGUGAGGCCUCAUCAUCCUGGUUUUUUGGUCUCCAGAGAGAACCUCCUCACUAACACCUUUUUUUUUUUUUUUUUUAAAUUCACCGUUCAGUUUCUAAACGUCAGAUUUUUAGGGCGACUGGCGCUUGAAUGAAAUCAGCUGGAGCUUCUCAGAGACGCCGCCUCCUUCUGCUUUCCAAUGUUUGGAGUUUUAAUAAUAUCAGAUUUUGCCCUGUCGCCUGAUGUGCUCCAGUUUGAGAAACCAAUGCUGAGUAAUUGAUCCCUAGGAAACACAAAUCGAUCAGUUUUUCAGCGUUUCCUUCAUUCGGGAGCUUCGACCGAUUUUAGGGCUGAAACUCAAGAUGAUUCUCAGUUUUUAAUCAUUUAGGGUUGAAAUUAGAACGGCGACUAACAUUGACUAUUUCCUCGUUGGAUUGAUUUAAUCAUUGACUCUAAUUUACAAUCAGAUGAGACAAAGAAAAGCAGCAGAUUGUCACAUUUGAAAGGUUUUAAUCGCCAAAUGAUUAUUUUCUUAUCAGAAUAUUUGCAGGUGUCUUGUCCAAAACCAUAGAUAUUAAUGGUCCAGUGAUAUAAAACGGAGAAGCCGCAAAAUUUCAGCUGAUAUUUGGCCAGUUACGUUUCUUGUCGACUGUUUUCAUUAAUUGAUGAGGUCUAAGGGAUAAACCUCCGUUUAAUCCAGAUGUGAAGUUUCAGAAGAAUCAAAGACGUGUUGGAUCAGAAACCUCCAACACGAGAUGUUUACAUGAAGGUUUACACACGUGAACAGGAUCCUCAGUCUGUUUCAGAGGUUUUUCCAUCCUGCCCAUUUUCACUCCAAAUAAUUUUUUUUCAUUUUUUUUUUUUUUUUCCCAACUGAGAAACAAAAGCAAACCUUGAUGUCUAUUUAUUGAUUUAUUAGUAUUUAUUUGACGUGUGACUGGCAGCUGUAAGAGUCCCCAAACACUGUGGUGUUUCACUUCCACAAAAUGAUUCUCGCUUCGCUUGCAUCCCUCACAUCCUCAUGUAAAUCACAUGGUGAAUAUUUAUAAUUGUUUUUUACUUGUACGGAUUAUUUUGCACCAGAAGGUUUGACUUGGUGAAAAACUGCCGUUGGCAGAUGUGUUCCUCCCAAACCUGUUUGAUUCUGCAGCUGUUUAUCUUAUUAGUGUCAUUAUCAUAUUUUAGUGUGUGAUUGUGAAAAUGUCUGUCUGAAUUUGGACGCGGGAGAAGCUGUUUGACAGGAGAAAUGAUGACGAUGGACGAUUUUCUGAAUGAACACACUUCAAAAUCUUCAAGUUUUAAAUAUUUUAUUUAUUGUUUGAAAAAUACAAAAUAAAGAGACUGUUUUUAAA